UGUAAAGUAUAAUAUAAAUGGAGAAGCGUAUAUUGAUUUUAAAGAUCCACUCGCUGUACAAAAACUUACAUAUACCCUUCUACAACAUGACUUUGGUCUUGAGCUUGAUAUCCCGUUGGAUACCUUGUGUCCGAUGAUUCCAAACAGACUGAAUUAUAUUCACUGGUUGGAAGAUUUGAUUUCUUAUACUGGUGAUGAUGAUCAUGGGGAAGUAUAUGGAUUUGACAUAGGUACCGGGACAUCUUGCAUAUAUCCAUUACUGGGUUGCACUCUUAACAAAAAUUGGAAAUUUGUGGCUACUGACAUAAGCGAAAAAAUGGUAAAACUUGCCAAGGCGAAUGUUGAACGAAAUAAUCUCCAAGAUCGAAUAACAAUCAUACUGAAAUCAAACGAAUCAAAACUUUUGCUUGAUGACGAUGACGAGACUAAAAACUUAGAUAUUCAACGAUUCUCUUUUUGCAUGUGCAAUCCACCAUUUUAUGAAAAUCAAGAACAAUAUGAAGCGGGAGUAAUGUUUAAAAAGAGUCAACCUUUUGCGACUUCCACAGGUUCACCUGAAGAAAUUUUUACAAACGGAGGAGAAUUGGGAUUUAUUAAGCAGAUCGUUGAUCAAAGUUUAGUUUUAAGAGAGAGAUUCAGUUGGUAUACAUCGAUGAUUGGACGAAAAGAAACUGUCAAUAAAAUUGUAUCAGAAUUAAAGAAGAACAAAAUUGAUAAUUAUGUUUUGACGGAAUUUUGUCAAGGACAAACAAGACGAUGGGGAAUUGGUUGGUCAUUUGGGAUUCAUCGGCCUCCAUCAAACAUCUCUCAACCUUCGUCAAAAAGCCUUCGUAAAGCAGGGCCUUCAAUGACAGAGUUUACUACGCAGUGGACUAUAGAGAUCAAUAGUCUCUUUGAAUACCUGGAUACGCUACUUAGAACGCUCGAAAUCAGAGGAACUUGGAACACGGCAACAAAUACAUUUACUGGGAAUGCAUCUACUAAUACGUGGUCACGCGCAGCAAGACGACAACGAGAAAGAGAAAAAGCACAACAAUCACAACAGCAGCGGCAGCAACAAGAGAAAAUAAAUAUGGAACUUGAUAGUGAACCAUUGUUCGAAUUUCAGUAUCAUUUGGAGCAAACGGAAGCACGGAGCGAUAAUAAUGUUAAUGGUUCAAUUACUAAGAUGACAAUGUCGUGGACGAGUGGAAACGAAAGGAAUAUAUUUGAAGCUUUUUAUUUGCAUGUGAAGAGAAGAAUUGAGGAAAAAUUUGGCAAGAGUGCUUUGCGACAUUGA